AUGGCGAGCUUCACACUCUCCAGGUCACUCCUCCUUCUCCUUGCUUUACUCUCACUGUUCUCCAGAAUCUCGAUAUCGGAAGCUACAACUCUCUCCUUCUCGUUCACAAGUUCUGAUAAAAAUGCGACCUUUGCGUCCGACGAUGUUGCUCUGUACGGCGAUGCAAAGCUCGUCGACGGUGGAUCUUCGAUUCAGCUGAAUGACUCCGUGAGUCAUGGUGGUGGGCGAGUCAUCUACAAGAAACCCCUUGAGUUCAUCGAGACCAAAACCGAGUAUUCCGCAGGAUUAUCUACUGUCUUCUCUUUCUCUAUGUCUCCUAAUAGUAGUGGGAAACUCGGAUUUGUCGUGUUUCCUGUUAAUGGAACAAUUGAUCAGUCUUUAUUCGAGGUUAUGCUCGAUACUUCUGAUUCGAAUGUCGCGGUGAUUGUCAAUGGUACUACGGUUCUUGAAAAGAUUAGAAAUUUCACGAUUGUAAACUUGGAGGAGGAGAAGAAGAAGAAAGAGGAUUUGUUAUUGUACGUUUUGAUCAAUUACUUAGGUGGUGGCAAGUUCUUAGAAGUCACGUUAAGCAAAUCAGAAAGCUUUGAAUCUGUUGGUGCUCUGGUCUUUUAUCGGAUUGAUUUGUCGGAAUUGUUGAAAGAUGAUGAUGAAUUCAUGGUUGGGCUUGUGUUCUUCGCCAUGAUGCGUAUAUGGGCAGCUUUCAAAAGGAACAGUCUUGUGGUGGUGAUGCCUGAAGAAUGUGGGCUUAAGACAAAGCAGUUUGAGUACGAGAAGAUGGAGAAGAUGGAAGUUGUUAUGAGCAAAGCCGAGGCGAAACAAGAAAGGAAGUGA